CACCAACACCAAGUAUUGCUUGCACUUGAAAGACUCUCCGUUAUAUGAGUAUGACAUAUAUAGAGAGAGAGAUUAUUUAAUAUUUAAAAAAGCUGUGUUGUGUAGAUUUAGAAGGGGUGUAAGAGUGAUGAAGGUGAGGCAAUGAGGGUGUUGGUGUCUGUGAAGAUUGAAGUAAAAAAAGAGAGCAAAAUGGUUGCAUAUGAUGAUCCUAGCUACUCACUUGAUUAUGGCUAGAAUGAUGAUUCUUGGUUCCAUCAUCCAUGACCCGCAUCCGCAUCCGCAUCCGCAUCCGCAUGCCUAUAAAUCCAAUCCUUUCUCCCUCACACCAGCUUCAAGGCUUAAACUUCAACACACAUCAUCACCAUCUCCAAUGGCAGGUUUCGAGGGGUUCGAGAAGCGUCUGGAGCUCCAUUUCAUCGGGCACGAUCCAACCACCCUCCAACUGGGCCUCAGAAAACUGGACUUCCACUGCAUACAACAAACCCUACAAGCAGUCCAAUGCAGCGUCGUUUCAGCCCUCGGCAACUCCUUCUUCGACGCCUACGUCCUCUCCGAAUCAAGCCUCUUCGUCUACCCGACCAAGAUCAUCAUCAAAACCUGUGGCACCACGCAGCUUCUCAAGUCCAUAACCCCUCUUAUCUUCUACGCACACACCCACCUAGGCCUCACUCUCUCCUCCUGCCGCUACACCCGAGGAAACUUCAUCUUCCCCACCGCACAACCCUUCCCUCACACAAGCUUCAACGACGAAGUCACCUACUUGGAAACCACCCUCCCCACAACCCUCUGCUUCAGAAAAGCCUCCAUCAUGCCCUCCAAAUCCUCCUCCCUCGCCUGGCACGUCUUCACCGCCACCUCUCACCUCCACCACCACCCUUACGCUUACACCCUCGAAAUAUGCAUGACCGACCUCGACCCCACCCUCGCCGCCAAGUUUUUCCGUCGCCCCGCCGACGGAAAAAGCGGCCACUCCGCCGGGAAGGAGAUGACGGCGGCCACGGGGAUCGGCGAGAUUAAUGAGCACGCGCUGGUGUGCGAUUUCGCGUUCGACCCGUGUGGGUACUCGAUGAACGGAAUGGAUAGUGAGUGGUACUCGACGAUCCACGUGACGCCGGAGGAGGGUUACAGCUACGCGAGCUUCGAGUGCGUGGGGCACGUGAGCGGUGAUGACGUGGACGUGGACAUAGUCCACGUGUUGAGGAAGGUGGUUCAGAUUUUCCGACCUGGUACGAUGUCGGUGUCUACGACGUCGUUGGGGAACAACGAGGUGUGGAGAGAGGUGGCGGGCGCGGUGGAGCCGAUGGGGUUGAAGUUGAGGAGUUGCGCGGUGGACCAGUUCCCGGAGUGUGGGAGUGUUGUGUUUCAAACGUUUACGCCCAUUCGUCGGAAAAGUGCACACUAGGUAGGGACAAUAAUUGGACGAGGUAGGGUUUAGGGUGGGGGAUUUAGGAGUGCUCACGUGGCGGGAUGUGAUUGGUUUUUUAUGGUGGUGAAUAUAGUAUAUUGUUUUUAGUGAUAGAGGAUUGGUUUUGGAAAAGGGUGAGAUGGAGGAUCAUGAUAAUGCACCCCACUUAGGCUUGUCACGCCUGAGAUUUUUGAGGAUGUGUUAGUGGCAUGGGUGUAAAAGUGCUCUUGUUUUUCAGGUUAUAUAUAUAUAUUCAACUUCCUUUCUUUCUUCUCUCUUUCUCUUUUAUGCUUUCUU